AUAGUUGGAGCUUUGGUGUUAUUGGGAAAGAAACAACAAGUUCCAAAAUGCUUUGGGGUGUUGCUCACGCGCAGUAAUUGUGAGCGGGGGUUACACAGAAGCGUUGACAGGAACUAAGACCUGCUGAUGCAACAGAAGGGGCGAGAAGAUUUGUAGACAAACAACAAAAAGUCAACUAUUUCAUUUAUUUAUUGUUUCGCCGUUACUUGUGAGGAAGGAAACAAUGUCCGGGGACGAGAUGAUUUUUGAUCCCACCAUGACAAAGAAGAAAAAGAAGAAGAAGAAGCCCUUUAUGCUGGAUGAGGAGGCUGUGGAACUGCAGCCGGAAGAAGCACCUGCUUCAGAAGUGAAGGAGGCAGAACCUGAACCUGUUGAGGAAAAGGAUGUAGAAAUUGAUGACGACGACAGUAAAAAGAAAGAUGCAUCAGAUGGUCUAGAUGACCUGGAUUUCUUCAAUCAGAAAAAGAAGAAGAAGAAACAAAAAAAAACAUUUGCUACUGGUGAGAUAGAAGAGGGUGUAAAGGAACUAAAAAUUGAGAGUGAGCACUCGGAGCAAGGAGAAGCCGAUGAUGAUAUGAUCAACUUUGGCAAAAAGAAGAAAAAGUCAACCAAAGUGAAAUUCCCAGAUGAAGAUGACUCAUUAGAAAAAGAUUUUGUUGCUGACUCGAGUAUUUAAUAUCAUGCGAGAGAAAAACCCUGACAUGGUAGCAGGGGAAAAGAGAAAGUUCGUUAUGAAGCCGCCUCAGGUUGUGAGAGUAGGAACCAAGAAAACCUCAUUUGUCAACUUCACAGACAUCUGCAAAUUAUUACAUCGUCAACCGAAACAUCUCUUGGCAUUUUUGUUAGCUGAAUUGGGUACAAGUGGCUCUAUAGAUGGCAACAACCAGCUUGUUAUCAAGGGAAGAUUCCAACAAAAACAGAUAGAAAAUGUCUUAAGGCGAUAUAUUAAGGAAUAUGUGACUUGUCAUACUUGUCGGUCUCCAGAAACUAUUCUACAGAAGGACACUCGUCUGUAUUUCUUGCAGUGCGAGACUUGUCACUCUCGCUGCUCUGUGGCCAGCAUCAAAACAGGUUUCCAGGCUGUUACAGGCAAGAGAGCACAACUUCGAGCCAAAGCCAAUUGAAUUGUGAUGGAGUCCAUGGAGAGGGUUGGGAAGGGUUACGUCAGGACAGUUUUUUACAUUUGGUUUUGAAGCGAUGUGCAUAUGGAAACCAGAGAAGAAUUUCAAAAUUUAAAAACAGCCUGGUUAACAGAUGGAUUUUUGAUUGUUCGAGAUUCUCCCUAAAGAAUUAAAUCUUGAACUGUCCACUUCGUUGUGGUCCUUGGCUGAUCUUUUGUCAGAUUCAGAGCUGCUUACAGGAAAGUUUUUUUUUUUUUUUUUUUUUUUUUUAAAUUUAAGACA